UUGUUGAGAAAUCAACGUUCAUCUUUCUUUUCUUUCUUACUAACGUACAGAUAGCGGACGCUGCAGAUGAACCAGAAUCUGCGCCAAAGCGUCGCAAGCAACCUCUGAGUACAAGCCGUGCUCGAGUUUGUCGUAAGCUUGCUUUGAACGGCCCCGUAUGCUUGACCUAGUUCUCAAAGCAACAUCUUCAGGAUCAAAUUCAAGUGGGAUUGGAACCGCGCGUAGCAAGCGACCAGCAAGCACCAGCAACCAGACGCAGUUGCCGCAAGACGAGAAGAUCAAGUCGCCAUCACUACCAACUACUGGUACUUGUGGCUGAAGCCUGCUGUCGAUGGCAAGUGUUCAUAUGACGAGCUCGACAUGGAGCGUAUCUGCCGUAAGCUUGUCAACACUGCGGAAGCUCUGUACGCGCAUAGGAUGGGUGCUACCGACAUCUACUGCCGCGAGACGAUCAACAAGGCGAGGACAGCCCAGCCGAUGACCUUCAAGAACCGUAUUGGCAGGCUAGCUCUGCUCAUGCGCAAGACGAAGGCCCGCUGCAGUGACUUUUUGUUGGGCAACACCCUCGAGGACACCAUUGCCUUGGUCAAUAUCAAGUUGUCAGACCAAGAGUCGAACGCCGCAAACAACCGCUUGCGGUCCUUGAAGGCUGAGCGAGCCAACGACUUUUGCGGCAUAGCGAAAGAUGCGAAGUGGCCUAAGGACGAAGAUGGCGAGCCCGCCCUGUUUCCCUUUCUUCACGGACCGGUAUAUGGCCCAGCGGAGAGCGUAUCGCCUGGUGAUAUGAAGAACGGGCAUGAUGAGCUGGCUGGAGGAGGCGAAAUGCAGCACGCUGCGGACUUUCACCAGCCGUACAUGGUUGAUCCAGGUGCCCCUCAGUAUCCCGGAAGUCUCCAGGAUUGCACACUCGCUCCCCCGGUAGCACACCAACGUGGCUUUGGGCUUUCAGGUGACCUCGAACCAUUGCACGUCAAUUUUGGCAUUAACUUCCCGACAACAGAUUCGCGUGCGCGAGGCUUCAGUGGAUUCAAGGGCCUCCAUGGUCAGACUCCAGAGGCCGAGAUGCAUCCUGGCAACAUGCACGUAUUUCCGGACGAACUUCAUGCAUCUGUGCCCGUGGUCCCAUUUCACAUGGGGCCAGCAUUCAACGGUCCCAUCGAAGCACCUUCUGCAUACAGCGCUCACGUAGUCGACAUGGCCAUGAUCAAAGGCGUCCGAAUUCCGAUUCCACCAGUUGCGAUGUCCCAUGUUGUUUACCAGAACCUCGGGCUCGGAGCAUCAUUGCUCAACGGCAACCAGGGGGCCAUGUUCGAGAAUCAUCACGGCUACCCGUUAUAUGGCCCUUUUUCACAAGACCGACAGGCAUUUGUGGCUGCUACAGCUGGAGACGAAAUCCUCGAGGUUGACCGUUCGGCUGGCUAUUAUAAAUUCAGCAGGCCUAUCAGGCGCACUGCUCAAGAGAUCGGGUUUCUCGAGAACGAUGGCGGAGAAGGCGAGGGGGUUGUUGAACCCACCAAUAGGCGCACUCGUGGUGGGAACGCGGCUGCAGGCUCUGGUGCAGCCUCGUAAGGUCUCCGUGAACUCGGUUUUGCGCGGACACACUGCGCCAUCCUCUACUAAACGCGGUGGUACUCGUCGAUAAGAGCAAACCGAGUUCAGCCUGCUGAAUGCGUUGAUAUUUGGAAGUUGCGGCAUGAUGGUCGUGAAUUUCGUACAAUGUGGAAAGGUUUCAGCACAGCGCGGGCGCCGGAGCGGCAUCGAUCAGGUUUGCAGGAGGACACUGCUUCGAGGAUGCAAGUCCAUCUGGCAACAAUACUGUACCAUGGUGCGAAUUAUUUUGAUGUAAAUGGACGCGGCCUUAAUGACACGCGUGAUGGCGAUCUUUG